CGGCCAGGGCGAGCGCUUGCUGGCAACAGGAUGCGGUCCCUGCUGCUGUUCACUUUCUCGGCGUGCGUGCUGCUGGCCCGGGCGCUGCUGGCUGGCGGUGCGAGUAGUGGCGGUGGGGACACCGGGCCAGGCAGCAGGCGCCGGGAGAGAGAGGCGCUGGCGGCUCAAAAGAUCGAGGUGCUUGUGCUAUUGCCCCGGGACGAUUCGUACUUGUUCUCGCUGGCCCGGGUGAGGCCGGCCAUCGAGUACGCGCUGCGUAGCGUGGAGGGCAAUGGCACCGGCAGGAAGCUGCUGCCGCCCGGCACUCGCUUCCAGGUGGCCUAUGAAGACUCUGACUGUGGCAACCGUGCGCUCUUCAGUUUGGUGGACCGCGUGGCGGCGGCGCGCGGCGCCAAGCCGGACCUCAUCCUGGGUCCGGUGUGCGAGUACGCGGCGGCGCCGGUGGCCCGCCUGGCGUCUCACUGGGACCUGCCGAUGCUGUCCGCAGGAGCGCUGGCCGCGGGUUUCCAGCACAAGGACACGGAGUACUCGCACCUCACGCGCGUGGCGCCUGCCUACGCCAAGAUGGGAGAGAUGAUGCUCGCUCUGUUCCGCCACCACCACUGGAGCCGCGCUGCCCUGCUCUACAGCGACGACAAACUCGAGAGAAACUGCUACUUCACUCUCGAGGGGGUCCACGAGGUUUUCCAGGAGGAGGGCUUGCACACGUCUGCCUACAAUUUCGACGAGACCAAAGACUUGGACCUGGACGACAUAGUGCGCUACAUCCAGGGCAGUGAGCGAGUGGUGAUCAUGUGUGCCAGUGGUGACACCAUUCGGAGAAUCAUGUUGGCGGUGCACAGACACGGCAUGACCAGUGGAGACUACGCUUUCUUCAACAUUGAACUCUUCAACAGUUCUUCUUACGGAGAUGGCUCGUGGAAGAGAGGGGACAAACACGACUUUGAAGCUAAGCAAGCUUACUCAUCCCUCCAAACAGUCACCCUGCUGAGGACCGCGAAGCCUGAGUUUGAGAAGUUUUCCAUGGAGGUGAAAAGUUCUGUUGAGAAACAAGGGCUCAAUGAGGAGGAUUACGUGAACAUGUUCGUUGAAGGCUUCCAUGAUGCCAUCCUCCUCUAUGUUCUGGCUUUACAUGAAGUGCUCAGAGCUGGCUACAGCAAGAAGGACGGGGGGAAAAUCAUCCAGCAGACUUGGAACAGGACAUUUGAAGGUAUCGCUGGGCAGGUGUCCAUAGAUGCCAAUGGGGAUCGGUAUGGAGACUUCUCUGUGGUUGCCAUGACUGAUACAGAAGCAGGUACCCAGGAGGUCAUUGGUGAUUACUUUGGAAAGGAAGGCCGGUUCAAAAUGCGAUCCAAUGUCAAAUAUCCUUGGGGCUCUUUGAAAUUGAGAAUAGAUGAAACCAGAAUUGUGGAGCACACCAACAGCUCUCCUUGCAAAUCAUCAGGUGGCCUAGAAGAAUCAGCAGUGACAGGAAUUGUUGUGGGGGCCCUACUAGGUGCUGGUUUGCUAAUGGCCUUCUACUUUUUCAGGAAGAAAUACAGAAUAACCAUUGAGAGGCGAAGUCACCAAGAAGAAAGCAACAUUGGGAAACAUCGAGAGCUGCGGGAAGAUUCCAUCAGAUCACAUUUUUCGGUGGCUUAAAAGAAAUGCCCCCCUCGCUUUGUCUGCUUGAGAUUCCUUAAAGAGAUAGUUGAAGGACAGACAUCAACGGAACAGAAAGGGUGUUCUUGGAGAAUUCAUUCUUUUAAGCAGUAGUCAUUUCAUUUUAAAUUUUCUUUAGAAGCUCAGGAAUGAUUAUUAAUCACUAUCUGCCUUCUGGUCUUUCAUCUCAUGGCAAACAGAUAGAAUUAUAUAAUGUAAUCCUGUUAAGUGUUCUGGCUGCUGGAGGGGCAUCGGAGUAGAUUUAUGUCUCGAAAGUCUGGAGUCACCAUAUCUUGAUUGCUUUGGGGGCAUUUCACACAAGGUUAUAAAAAUGUGGUUUUUCCGAAAUGAAAUGUUUUGUAGCUAGAAUAAAACAAUUUUUACAAGUAGAAUAUUCUUGGAAAGAAUUUAACACCCAAUAAGAGGACAAAGGAAUGAGAGAAAUCUCAAGGCUGGGAAUGCAUGCCCCUCUCUCUGGAGUUGGGGAACAGGUUUGUGGUUGCCGAGGGCUUUGUCCAACGUCCACAUUCAGGUCUGACUUCACAUCUCAAGAAAGGAUCCUCCCUGUCUCUCUUAGUGUCUCAUCAAAGCUACUCUGGAAAUCUGUAAAUACUAGUGAGUUAGGUGGAUUUAUAUAAAAAAAAAUCAGUCUAAAACGUUUCUUUUAUGAUGUAAAAAAAAGCCCUACUUCAUACUAACAUUUUAUUUUUAAGUAUUUUAAUCUUAUAUUUUGGUAUUAGAAAUGUGUCUAUUUUUUCAUUUUGAAGAUUAAAUUUCACUUAUAUUUUAAGAGCA